AUAAAAUAUUAUUUUUUUACAGAAAUAUUCGCAAAUAUCCCAAUUCUUUCUCGAGCUUGCUCAAUUAUGAUGUGGAUAUUUUACAUUGGAUCGUUUUUUGUGACCAUCUAUAUUUUCCUGAAACAUAAACACUGUUUUUGGAAAAGAAGAGGUAUAGCACAAAUUGCGCCAGAAUUUCUUUACGGCAAUAUCAAGAAAGCAGUACAGGAAAAAUCUAGUUUCAGUGAACUCCAUAGAACUUUCUAUAAACAAUUCAAGCUACAGAAAGUACAACAUGGUGGAAUCUAUCUGUUCUACAGGCCAUCAUGGGUGCCAAUAGAUCUAGACCUAAUUAAACAAAUGAUGACGACAGAUUUUGAAUAUUUCAGUUCACACGGAAUAUAUCAUCACGACAAUGACUGGUUAUCCAAUAAUAUUUUCAAUCUCGAAGGGGAACACUGGAAAACUGUACGUUCUAAACUAACUCCUACUUUCACAUCAGGAAAAAUGAAGAGUAUGUACGUGAUGCUUGAUAAGUUGAGCGACCGGCUAGAGACAAAAAUUGAAGAAUAUUGCAAAAAAGGACAACCAGUAGAGAUAAAAGAACACGCCGCAUGCUUCGGCGUUGACGCAAUAGCCACAUGUUUCUUUGGCCUCGAAACGGAUUGCUUAAAUUAUCCAGACAAUGAUUUUAGAAGAGCGGGAAAAUCGAUUGUUGAGCCAAGACCCAUUAAAUUUGUUUUAGAAUGUUUUGCCAAUUGGAAUCUCCUUGGGAAAUUAGGAUAUAGAUUUUUUCCACAAAACGUUACCGAUCUUUUCGUAAAAAUAGUGAGAGAGAGCACUGAAUUUCGAAAGAAUGAUGGCACACCAAGAAAUGACUAUCUGGGCCUUUUACUUCAAUUGAAAGAUAAUAACCAGUUCACUGAACAAGAAAUCGCAGCGAAUAUGUUAGCUAUAUAUGCCGCUGGUUUUGAUACUUCGUCCAGUACUACUUCCUACCUUUUGUAUGAAUUGGCAAAGCACCAAGAUGUUCAAGAUAAAGUAAGAGAAGAAAUUUGGAGGAUUGGUAAGAGAAAUCCCAAUGGAAAAUUUACGUAUGACGAUUUGGCCGAUAUGAAGUAUGCUGAAAUGUGUAUCAAUGAAACACUUAGAAUGUAUACACCAAUACCAGAGGUUCCUAGAAAUUCUGUGAAAGACUAUACAAUUCCCGGCACAAAUCAAGUUAUAUCAAAAGGAAUCCUGGUUACAAUUCCAGUUUGGAGCAUUCAUCAUGAUCCAGAUUAUUAUCCGAAUCCAGAACAAUUCAACCCGGACAAUUUUUUACCCGAAAAUAAAGCUUCGAGACACGAGUUUUCAUUUUUCCCUUUUGGAGGAGGCCCUAGAUUAUGCAUAGGUUAUAGAUUCGCCAUGAUGCAAGUAAAAGUUAAUUUGAUCAAGCAACUCAGAAAUUACAGAUUUAGACUUAAUCCUAAAGCUCCAGAAAAAAUCAGCUUUCAUCCAAUUACUUUAACAUUAACAGCUAAAGAAGAUCUAUUAUUAGAUGUAUCUCCUUUUUAACUCACAGAUAAGCUUACAGAACCUAUAGGAACUGCAGACAAAUCAUUCCAUUUUGCUUUAAAUUUCAAAAUUAUUAUUAUGUUUUUCUUAGUUAGAUAUUUAUUCAGUGUACUUACCUAUUUUUUUAAAGUGUAUUGGAGACUAAGCUUAUAAAAUUUGGAACGUGGAAUGAAAUAAAUAGGUACCUAUUUGAAAGCAGCAAAAUUAUUGUUUAUUAUUAUUAUUAUUUUUCUUAUUACGCAUGUAUCAUAAUCAACGAUUAUCGCACGCUGCAGCGUGCAUAAAAUGAUGUUUAUGAUGCGCCUACCUUCUCAAAGUUUUGCUAUAGAAACGUUUGAUCUACCUUUAUUACUUAGAUAUGUACCUUCUGUUUAAAUUAUUAUUUAUUAAAAUGAAUGAGCACAUUUAAAACAUUACUACGAUACGUCCCGUGAAUAUGAAUAAAAUUAUUAUUGUCAACCGAAGCAUUUUCUUUUUACAACCAGUCUUCUGGAAUGAGUAAAGGCUCUUGGUACCUACUGUGGAUUUACUAGGGUCACCAUCAUCUUCUUCAUCUGUAGUAUGUUCUAUAGUAGUGGAUGAUAACUUCUUAUUUGAAACUUCACCGGCAUUGUCUGCACCUGAAGUUGUACCUCGGGGUCUUCCACGCUUUCGAAGAGGUCUAACUGAAUUUGGCUCCUCAUUCUGACAAGACCUAAACGGCGUCAAAGCUGAUGCAUGGUACUUUCCUAAUAUAGAAUGCGGAUCCUGGGGCGAAGACAUUUCAUAAAAGGUAGGCGAUACGAUUUUGGAUACUGCAUAGGAACCAUCUCGCUUUGGUGCAAAUUUUGAAGUGUACAAGUCUUUAGUCUUACUUAGGAGGUGUGAGUUGACCAGUACUUUAUCUCCACACGAGUAUUUGGGAGCGUCAAGAAGGCUUUU